AUGGAACAAUAUCUUGAUCUCCCGAUUGCCCCCGCAGACAUUGCGUUCGGUCUGAUGGCCGACUUCGAGACAGACACCCACCCAAGGAAGGUUUCGCUGAUUGCCGGAGCAUAUCGCGACGAGCAUGGAGAGCCAUGGGUCUUACCAAGCGUCAGAGAGGCAAAGAAACGCUUCAGCCAAGCCGCUCAUGAAUACCUAGGCAUAGCAGGCUCGCCAACCUUUAUCAACCUGGCAAAGGGCCUUGUAUUUGGACCCGUUGCCUCCAGCCUACAAGACAACGCAGCAUCAAUCCAAACCGUUUCCGGCACAGGUGCAAACCACCUCGCAGCAACCUUCCUUUCCGAACACCUCCGCCCAAACCGCGUCUUUAUCCCCUCACCAACGUGGAUCAAUCACAAGUCCAUUUGGGAGAUGACUGGGGUGGUGGUUGUAGAGUAUCCGUACUACUCACAUACCACGAAAGAAGUCGAUAUUGCCGGUAUGCUGGAUGCCCUGGAGCAAGCCAAACCCAAUGAUGCCGUUAUCCUACAAGCCUGCGCGCAUAACCCCACUGGCGUGGACUUAUCAAGAUCCCAGUGGAUACAAGUCGCUGAGCUCGUCCAACGGAAUAAGCUAUUUGCCGUCUUCGAUAGCGCAUACCAAGGCUUCGCUACAGGUGAUGUCGACGGCGAUGCCUGGGCCGUUCGGUACUUCGCAGAGAAUGUUCUUACCUCUGAGACGCAUCUAGGCAUGUGCGUGGCGCAGUCGUUUUCAAAGAACUUCGGGUUGUAUGGCGAACGUGUCGGUGCUUUACACCUAGUCGUACCGCGGCAUCUUUCGGCGCAGGGCGCGCGGUCUAAAUUGAUGGCAAUUGCACGGGCAGAGUAUUCUAAUCCUCCGCGUUUUGGGGCCACCAUCGUUGAGACAGUUCUUAGCGAUCAAGCCCUAACAACUCAGUGGAAAGCGGAUUUGGAUACGAUGAGCUCACGAAUCAAGAUGAUGAGAUCUGAACUGAGGCAGAGGCUGGAGAAAGAGACGCAAGGGGAUUGGUCGUGUAUUGAGAGACAGAUUGGGAUGUUUAGCUAUACGGGGCUGACAAAGGAGCAAGUAUCUUGGCUCCGAGACGAUUUUCAUGUUUAUUUAUUGCCGUCAGGUCGGAUGAGUGUGUGUGGGCUGAAUAAGGGCAACGUCCAGUAUGUGGCGCACGCUAUUGGCGAAGUUACGAAGGCUAGGAUGAGCAUCGAUAUUUCAGUUAUGCCAUAG